UUGACGUCGCUAUCGGUCGCAAUGAAAUCGGAGUGUUUGGUAAUCGUUUUAAUGUUUUUUCUUUUUGAAGAACAUCCAUUUACUGAUGCUAACUCAAUCAAAGAUUUGCCACAGGAUCAAUCUAAUCAGUUUAUUAAAAGCGAAUGCAAUGAGCAUUGCUUUUUGAUUUUUAAGCCUGUUCUCGAUCAUUUCGUACAGCUUAAAGUAGCUUCUGAUACCAACCAAGAACUAAAAACUCAAGUAAAUACUAUGAAUGAGACUAUAUUAAACUUGCAGAGUCAAUUGGCAAUGAAAGAAGAAUUUAUAAAUUUGAAAAAUGAGCAAGCCAAGGCCCACGAUGAACAAAUUUUGGACCUAAGAAAUCAUAUUAAAUCGAUUGAGACAACUCUAACAGAAAAAUCGAAACGGCUUUUGGAAUACCAGAAAGCAGAUGUCCACGAUGAACAAAUUUUGGACCUAAGAAAUCAUAUUAAAUCGAUUGAGACAACUCUAACUGAAAAAUCGAAACUGCUCUUGGAAUGCCAGAAAGCAGAUGACAAUUUACCUGACUCAUGUCCCAAUGGCAGUCCCAAUGGCAUUUACCAAAUAAAACUUCGCGGCCUUGAAGCAUUUAAAGUGCCUUGUGUGUCGUCUCCAUCUGGUUGGACUGUGAUUCAGAGGCGUCUUGACGGAUCCGAGGACUUCAAUCGAAACUGGGAUGAUUAUAAAAGAGGAUUUGGAAACAUAAGCGGAGAAUUUUUUAUUGGACUGGAAAAAUUGCAUCGGAUGACAGAAGCACGACCCCACGAACUCUACAUUAAGCUUGGGAUGGUAAAUGGAUCCACCAGCUACGCUCAAUAUGACGACUUUAAAGUUGGCAAUGAGGACGAAUUUUACCAGCUUAAGAAUCUAGGACAAUAUUCUGGUAAUGCCGGAGACUCCCUUACAUCCCAUAAAAACCAAAAGUUUUCCACAUUUGAUCGGGAUAAUGACGAAAGUGAAAGAAAUUGCGCUGGGAAUGAAAACGGUGGUUGGUGGUAUUACAGCUGUCUUUCGAGUUCCCUUAAUGGAAAAUACUAUAAAAAUGGAAAAUUUAUAGAUGGUCGAACUUUCAACGCAAUAAAUUGGGGUUCAUGGCAUGACUACGACUGGUACAUAUCACUUACCUUUGUGGAAAUGAUGAUUAGACCUAAAUCGUUGUGAACCGCUUGUUAACUAUUAAAAACCAUAAUUUCAAUGUGAAUUUAAUAAUCUGAAUUCUGUCUGUUAUAAACUAUGUUGUCUUCGAUCAAAUGUAAAUUUCGGAGUAAAUAUAUUAAAUAAAAUAUAUUCCUGUAUUCCAUUA